AUAGAGCUGUAGUGUGGUCUAGAAUCACGCCGUACUCUACCGUUAGGCGGCGCUAGAGAGCAGAAUCAAUAAAUCCAGCAGCAGCAUCACAGGUGCCUCAGUCGGUCAUUCAGUCGGUGCUGACCCCCAGAAGCCUCGAACUCUCUUCUCCGUCUCAACACCAGAGCGUUUAAACUGUGGAGGAAAUGAAGAUGAAACUGUGAUGCCGAGACGCGACGGAAACUGACGGCGAUCGAAUUAUCACCCCGCGGGAUUCGGAUCAGUAAUUCGGAUCGACAGACCAUCCAAACAUGCCCGGGGAAGGAUCCGGUUCUGCGCUUCCCUCACACGCGCAGGUGGACGGCGGGAAAGUUUCACCGAUCAUCUGUGAGGAUGAACUCUCGGGCGGCGGCCGGUACAUACUCGACGGGCUCGGGUCCAACCGCUACUUCAUGAUGGGCUCGACGCAGCAAACGCAGGAGAGUUCGAGUUCGAGUCCGUGUUCCUUGUUUCCGUACACGAGCCAGACGGGAGGAGUGUACGCCGGUUCGGACGGAUCUCGGUACGCGGCGUCGCUGCACUACGGCUCCGUGCUUCCCUCCGCGGGCUUCUGUCAGUCUCUGUGCGCGGGACGCGGAGACUUCGGCGCGGGAUAUCAGUUCGGACACGGUUCUGGAAACAGCUACCACUCGUACCAGGGCUCCGGGUCCGGUAUCGGCUCCAUGGCUCUGUCCGGAGCUCAGGUGUAUCUGUGCAACCGGCCGCUGUGGCUCAAAUUCCACCGGCACCAAACCGAGAUGAUCAUCACCAAACAGGGCAGGCGGAUGUUCCCGUUUCUAAGUUUCAAUAUUACCGGCUUGAGUUUGAGCACUCAUUAUAAUGUGUUUGUGGAGAUAGUUUUGGCCGAUCCCAACCACUGGAGAUUUCAGGGCGGAAAAUGGGUGACCUGCGGGAAAGCCGACAAUAACAUGCAAGGAAAUAAGGUUUACGUCCACCCCGAAUCCCCGAACACAGGCGCUCACUGGAUGAGACAAGAGAUUUCUUUCGGUAAACUCAAACUAACAAACAACAAGGGAACAAACACCAAUGCUUCACAGAUGAUCGUGCUUCAGUCUCUACACAAGUACCAGCCCAGGCUUCACAUCGUCGAAGUGCCCGAUGACGGAAUGGAAAACCCUGGACGAGAUUCUAAGACUCAGAUCUUCACCUUUCCUGAGAACCAGUUCAUCGCUGUUACAGCGUAUCAGAACACUGAUAUCACUCAACUCAAGAUCGACCACAAUCCUUUCGCAAAGGGUUUUAGAGAUAAUUAUGAUUCGAUGUACACGGUUCCAGAGCGGGAAAGACUCACACCGUCUCCGUCAGACUCUCCUCGCGUGCGCUACACCAUGCAACCUUUUCUGCAGGAUCAGUUCGUCAACAGUCGCCUGUACAACACCGAACGGACGGUUUCGCAGACAAACAGCAUGCUCUCUCCUCCGGUGGAGGACGCUGGCGCUGCUCAGAGGUGGCUGGUCACUUCAGUGCAGCAAACCAGUGGAAGCAAACUGGAGCUGACGGCGUACGAGGGAGAUUAUUCCAGCUCGCUGUUACCGUACAGCUUCAAAUCCUUACCUCUGCAGAGCGCACACUCACUGGGCUACUAUCCAGACGCCGCCUUCGCAUCCGUCACCGCAGGAUGGGGCUCCAGAGGCUCUUAUCCCAGAAAAGUGGCGUCCGGAUUGCCCUGGUCACCCAGACCGAGUCCCACGGACUUCACGGAUGACCACAUGCUUGAUAAGGACAAAUCUAGGGAAGGAAACACAGUUAGUCAGACUGCAGCCUGGAUGGAGAGCACGCCGUCUUUGAAACCUCUAGACUCUGUGGAACCCAGCAUUUACUCUGUGGUUUGUAAACGGAGACGGGUUUCCCUCGACGAGUCCGGAGCGGAGAACUCUCCCACGGUCAAGUGUGAAGAUUCCAACAAGGACAGUUCUUCAAACUCCAAGGCCAUCGGCUAUUACGCUUUCUACGCCAGCAGCUAGAAUCGUCUGAUUUUGGGGUGGAUGUGCUGAACUGAAAAACUGAUCCACAUCACGUGUGUCCAACUUUGAUGGAUUUGGCCCUUUUGUAAUUUAUUAAAAUCUCAAGCAUAUCGUUUCUGUCUGAAGUAAUGCUGUUAUAUGUAUUAAACCACUGCUGUUUUGGA